GCAAAGAAAGGAGCCAGCAGCACAGUCAUUGGUAUGAUCUUUGGGUGUUACGCUUUGUUUGACUUGCUGGCAGCUUUGGUAUUUGGAAAAUAUCUAAGUAUUAACCUUGUACAAAUUGGAGCAAAAUUUAUGUUUGUAGCAGGGAUCUUUGUCUCAGGAGGAGUUACAAUUAUCUUUGGCAUUUUGGACCACAUUCCAGAUGGAUCAAUAUUUAUUGCUAUGUGUUUUCUAGUGAGAAUAACAGAUGUAAUCAGCUUUGCUGCAGCAAUGACUGUGUCUUUUCCUGUCCUUGCAAAGGCUUUUCCAAACAAUGUGACUACCAUAUUCGGAACUCUUGGGAUUUUUUCUGGACUGAGACUAGUGCUCGGGCCUCCUUUAGGUGGCUUCUUGUAUCAAUCCUGUGGCUAUGAGGAGCCUUUUAUUUCUCUGGGAUGCAUAGUUCUGCUGAUGGUACCACUCAACAUGCGUAUUUUACCUGAUCAUGAGUCUGAUCCAGGUGAACAUUCAUUCUGGAAACUCAUCACUUUACCCAAGGUCACCCUUAUGGCCUUUGCUGUCAGCUCAGUCAGCUCAUGUUUCGGCUUCCUUGAUGUUACUCUGUCUCUCUUUGUUUUGGAGAAAUUUAAUUUACCAGCUGGAUAUGUGGGACUGAUAUUCCUGGGUUUGGCACUAUCCUAUGCCAUUUCUUCACCAUGCUUUGGUCUACUAAGUGACAAAAUGCCAGUAUCAUCUAAGGAAACUGUGGUGUUUGGACACUUCAUCACAGCAGGAUGCUGCAUACUCUUAGGACCUGUUCCAGUCUUACACAUUAAAGGCCAUCUUUGGAUAUUGUUUCUGGUAUUAGUCAUAAAUGACAUCUCUGCUGGAAUGAGUGUCAUCCCAACUUUCCCCGAGAUUCUCAGUUGUGAGUAUGAAAAUGGAUUUGAGGAGAUUAAGUACACUGGGGCUCAUGUCAGUCUCUUUAGUGCAAUGUGGUCAGUUGGUGCUUUUAUAGGACUGAUACUGGGUGGAUUUCUGUAUAAAAAAAUUGCUUUUGAAUGGGCAGCUGCUGUCCAAGUUCUGUGGGCUCUGACAAGUGGGAGUAAUCCAUCUUUUGUUUUCCUUUUCCUUAUAUUUGUUGGGAAACAUGAUUUGGAGACAUGGCAUUAACCCAUUCCUUUAAUUGUGUGAAAGGGAUUAGUGAUGGGCUUGUUUUAUCU